AAUGAACGCGUUGGUUGCCUUGGUACUGUUGCUGGCCAUCGGCCCUCUAUUCGUUUAUUCUGAUGCUAUCCAAAAAUCACUAGAAGAAUGUGCGAAAAAGAACCAUGUGACUCCAGACGUCUUAAAAAUAAAUCCACCCGACUAUAAAGUUAAGUGUUAUUAUUAUUGUCACUUUGUAAAUGAAAAGGUAAUUGUCAAUGACAAGAUCGAAUUACCGGGACUUGACAGUGCAAAACCAUGCCUAAAUAUAAAGGAUGACAACAAAUGUGAGCUCGCCUUUAAGCUUCGCACUUGCUUACGAACCCAUUUACCUGAACAUAUAUGGCAAAAAUUUGCUUAAGUUUGUUAUGCAAUGUUUUAUCAUUAAAAAAAUAAUUUCAACGUAAAUAUUUUAAAUAAAAACAAAUCGAACAUUUUAA